CUGGGGGGAUUUGGCUGUCUUAGGGGUGGCACUAGGGGGAACAGUGCCAAAAAACGCGUGAAAAUAGCCUAAAAAAGAGGAAAAGAGCCCCCCCCCAAGGGGAAAGAAGCUCCAGAAGAUGGAAAAGAGACCAAAUGGGGAAAAACAGUUCCCCAAAAGGGAGAAAAGAGCCCCAAAAAGAUGAGAGAAAAAAGCCUCAAAAAGAUGAGAGAAAAAAAAAAAAACCAAAACCAGGAGAUAGAGCCAAAACUGGAGAAAGAGCGCAAAAAGCAGGGGAAAUGACCCCAAAAUACUGGAAAAGAGACCAAAAAAGGGAGGAAGAGCACAGACGGGGGAAGUAACCCCAAAGGAUGGAAAAAGAGACCCAUAAAUGAGCAAAGGAGCUCAGAAGUGGGGGGAAAGAGCACAAAGGAAGGGAGAAAAGACCCCUCAAAGAGAAAAAGAACUGAAACAAGUGGAAAAAGAUCAAAAAAAGAAGAUGGGGGGAGGGUGGAAAGAGCCCCCCCAAUGAGAUUAAAAGCUCAAAAUGGUGGGAAAGGACACAAAAAAUGGGUGAAGGACCCAAAAAGGCGCCGGGAGGGGGGGGGGGGGGUGUGAGGAAGUAUGAAAACAGAAGAAAGAGGAAAAAAAAAUAAAAGUGGGAAAAGAGAGAAAAAGGGGAAAGGGGCCAGAAAUAUAUGGGAAAAUAUGUGAAGGAGGGAAGAGGACAAAGAGAGAGACACCAGAGAAGGGGAAAGAGCCCCUCAAAAGGGCGGGAGGGGGGACGACGACAAGCAAGAAAAGAGACCGGAAAAGGGGGGAAAGAUCUGAAAGAUCUUAAACUGGGGGAAACUGCCACGAAAUCCCCCUUUUGCCUUUCUUCCCACCCAGUGAUGUGGAACAUUGGCAUUUCACCUGAGUGGCCGCGCCCCAUCGCUGACGUCACCCUCAAACCGCCUCAGAUCUGGAAAACCCGGAUUUUUAUAAGCCCCCAAACGGUGCUUUCGCCCCAAAAUAAAACCUGUGAGGAAAUGCCGUUUGCGGGCCUGGGCACAUGAAGGUCCCCCCCAUCCUCCUCCUCCUCCUCCUCAGCCACGCAGAGGAGUGGGGACCCUUGGGGACAUCGGGGACUCCUGUGAGACCCCUGGGUGAGGUCCUGUACCCCUUCGGACCAGGGGUGGGAGAUGAGGCCACCCACCACGAGGACGACGGGACGAGCCCUGAGAUCUUCCUGCAGGAAAACUUCUCCUUCUUUGGACGUGCCCAGCGCUCACUCUAUGUGAACAAUAAUGGUGUAGUGUCCUUUGGAACGAUGGUCCCGGAGUUCACCCCCCAGCCCUUCCCGCUGCUGGGCAACCGCCCCUUUGUGGCACCCUACUGGGCUGAUGUGGACACCCGUCUGGGAGGGGACGUCUUCUACCGGCAGAGCCGGGACCCCCAGCUGCUGGCGCGCCUGGCCCAGGACCUGGCACCUGCUGUGCCACCUGGGGACCCACCCCCACAGCCGACCUGGGCAUUCGUGGCCACGUGGGACCGUGUGGCCUAUUUUGGGGCUGCUUCAGACAAGGUGAACACCUUCCAGGCUGUGCUGGCCUCCGACGGUACCACCUGCUUUGUAAUGCUCAACUAUGGGGACCUGCAGUGGACAACUGGCAUUGCUAACCAGGGGGAUCCGCACACUGGCCUGGGGGGCACCCCUGCACAGGCUGGGUUCAACAGUGGGGACGAGAUUCACUACUACAAUGUGCCAGGGUCACGCACGGCUGCAGUGCAGAGCCUUAGCCACCACAGCAACCUGGGGGUCCCAGGGCGCUGGGCUUUCCGUGUUGACCACUUUGAGGCCACUGAGGGACCCCCUGAGACCCCUGGCACCCUAUCAAAGACCCCUGAGGCCUCCUGGAGUUCCUUGGCACCUCACAAGACCCCCGCAGUAUCCCCCAACCCUCCCAGGACCACUGAGGAGCAGGUGUAUGUCUGUGGGUCGUGAGCGGGUGACACCUGGAACAUUUGGGUACGGGCGGGGGGUUGCCUAACAGCCCUCCCCCCACCCCUACAGAAGCAUGUGCCCCCACAGAGGCUGCAUUAUGAUGGAAAUAGCAAUAAACACCUGCUCAGCAACACCUGUGUCAGGUGUGUGUAUGCAGAUGCAUGUGGGCAGCAACACAGGUGUUAUGUAUGAAACGUGUAUCCAUCUCCGCCUGUUCCCAUGAAGGUGAUGGAAUCAGCUGAGGAGGGAAAUUGUCAGUAAGGGGUGACAUCUGGGUUGCACAUAGGUGUGACAAACACACACCUGAGUCCCACAUAGGUGUGACAUAGACACACCUGGAUAACAUCUGUUGCCAAAUGCACUACAUCUGGACACCCAGCUCACACACUCCUGCAUGGUGUUACACCUGGACACCACCUGAGUUCCACACAGGUGUGGAUCCACCUGGAUAAUACCUGCUACAAUACAGCACUCCACUGGGACAACAUCUGGGUUGCAGAGAGGUGUACCAUCACCUGGACACCACCAGCCCAGCCAAGGGCCCCAACACUAAAACCAAGGGCAAAGUAAAGAAAAGGGUUUGGGUUACAGUUAGGGUUAGAGGUUACAGUUAGGGGUAAGUGGUUAGGGCUGUGGUUUGGUUAGGAGUAGGGCUAGGAUUUAGGGUUUAGGGUAGGUUAGAGCUAGAUAAGGGGUUAUUGUUAGGGUCAGAGGCUAGGGAUGCUUUUAUUAAUUAUCUGUAAGCUUUUAUAUAAUAUUGGAGUGGUGUGAUUUUUCAUUGUUAAUAUCUGUAGUUAUCCUUUUGGGGGCAGGAUGUAAAAGAUAUUAAUAGUGCUAGGUUUUUAGUGAGAAAUAUUUUUCAGUCUAGAGUGCAGGGAUGGUCCAGAGGAACUUCUAAAUUAAGCCCUAUUUUGCUUUACACCAGCACUUUCCUUUCUUACAGAUCUUUGGUGAAGACAAAGUGUCAGGGUCUACUUUCUAAAUUAGUUACACUUUCAAAGAUCUGUUUAUUAACUGACACCAAGAUCACUUAGGAGCAGCUUAUCAUUGGUGUGGGUAGGAUCCCAGAAGAGAAGGGGCUGGUGGAGAUGUCUCAAACACCAAAAGCCAUUCUGUUGGUGAAGAAGGAAGAACACAGUGUGACUGUGGAAGGUGCCAUGCAGGGGUAGGGCACCAUUUUGUGGCACAAACAUCCUUGUUCCAGUCCCUGGAGACACAACAAACAAAAGGCAGCAUGAGCAAAGGAAAGGGCAGGAUCUGUCAACCAAAGAUUGACCUAGCAGGGGAGGAGAAGUGACCACUCAAGAUCCCCAAAGCCUCCAGCCCACUUCAAGAAAGAUUUGAAAAAAUGGAUUGAGCAUGAGAAUUAAUGUCCAAAGAUAGUCACAGCUAUCUGUCUGUAAAGUGGUAUCAACACCAAGCCCAGGCACUGCCUCCAGGACUGAUUAUCUCACAGCUUUCCUUCCUGUCUGUGAAAAACAAAGUUCACUCUUUAGAUUUUUUUAGAAGUUUAAUAAAGGAUAAAAAAGGGACAAUAUCCAGCACUGGGGUGCUUGGCUAUAUGCCAAAAGCACACCAUUAGCACUGUUACAGGGGUACAUACAUAUUGGUAAAAAUAACCCCAUAAUAUUGGCUUUCUCAUUUGUGUAUUAGUCUUUAUAUGUUGGUAUUGAUUGUAAAUAUAGCACAAUUUAUAACCCUUUUUAGCUGCUUACUAAUAUAACCUAAUUUUUCAUUUUAGGUAUGCACUGUAUAGCCCAUGGAAAUCAUAGUGUGAUGAAUGUAUUAUGUUGAUGUAUAUGACCUUACAGCUCAUAGAAAUAGUAGUAUGAUGAAUGUAUUGCACUGUAAGCCUUAGCAAAAUAUAAAAUGUUAAAAUACUUGUAUGUAACUGAGAGAACUGUAUAAAACAGUUAAGUUGUUUCCCACAUCUUCUGACUGACCUCUCCAAGUCACCAAAAGCCAUCCAAGAACUGUUGGUGAAGAAGGAAGAACACAAAUGUGACUGUGGAAGGUGCCAUGCAGGGGUAUGUGGUGGUUUGUGAAUUUAGCUUAUAAUAUUUCUUGUUCUGAUUGUACUGUUCAGUUCUUUAUACCCCUCCCCCCUAAUUAAUAUUCCUUUGUUCUCCCUCAGCAAGUAAGUUCCAGUUAUAUGUCAAUCACCCUUCCCGCCUUUGGAAAUCCCCUCCUAUCCCUUCCUGGUUGGUCCUUGCCCCAUCACCCCACCUUUGCCACUCCCCUGGAGACUUCCUCUAUUGGUUGUCUGCUGCAAACCCCGCCUUCCUCUGUCCCAGUAUAAAAGUUGAUGUUUCCAAGUUAUCCUCGGCCAGUUGUGGGCUGAGGUGGUUGAAUAAACCUCUCUUGGUUCUGGCAACUGACUCCCUCUUUCUUUCGCCUCCGUCUUGUCACUGCUACAUCAGCCACAUAGACCCUGCCAGGAAACAAGAACCCACUAGGAGACAGCCCUGUCUGCGCUGCUUACAGGCUGUCCCUUGUUGCUGCCACCGGUGCCUGAGCUAACUGGGUGGUCAGAGACCCUGAGGUCUUUAGGGCACCGUGACAGUGCUGGCGACCAACAUGGGGCCCUGAAAAAGGGCUUUGGACUUCUUGAAGGACCCCACAGACAGGAUUGGUGAGCGCCCAGAACUGAAGCGGGGCUCACGGAAAAAUCCUUGGACAUCGCACCACCUCCAGUGCGAGCUGCUUGGGGUCCGAGAGGUGCUCCUGGAGGAGAGGAAGGCAGCCUUCUCCGCUGCACUCCAGAGGAGGUCUUUUCAUUGACGGAGGUUCCCCAAGGUCAGCUUUUCACCCACCGCCAGGGAGUUGGUAAGUAUACCCCACCUAAAAGGGGGGAAGCAGCUGGUGUGGAGUUUACUCCCCAGACUGCGGGUUACGCGGCCCUCGGAGAUUGGGUUUUUUGGCCCUCUGCCCUGGUCGGAGUUGCCCUGGUGUUUUGUGGUUUUUCGGUUUGCUUUUAUGGAUUUUGAGUUGGUGAACAGGUGGCUCACGAGACUACCAGCUUUGAAUUUCGCCUUUGGUAGGCAGGGUGCUGGAAGUCAGCUUCUGUUAAGCAUCGUGGCCCGGGUUGUUUUGUGAGUGUGAGAGAAUUUUUGUCUCCAGUAGUUGGAAGUGCACGGUGGUUUUCGAUUUUUGGUGAAUUUUGAGUUUACCUGGCCUUGGUGGUGUGCUGCAUUUAAAAACUAAAAGAGGAUGGGUGCCUCACUUUCUGCAGCACAGAAAGGGUUUUUUUAUAAGUUAAUUGAAUUGUUAGAUGUUAAGAAUGUUAAAUAUUCUAAAAGUUGUCUAAAAAGGUUCGUCAAGUGGAUUUUUUUGCAUUUUCCAAACGCAACUCAGGCAAUGGCCCACAGCGCACGAUUUUGGGGCACU